AUCACCCUUCACCCCUUUGGUACCCCUCUCCGUUUUGAUGUCAGAAAACAGAUUAGAACAAGAGAAAGCCAAAACCUACCCUUUUCUCUUUCUCUCCUUCUUUAUUCUGAUAUCUGAAGCCACUGGCGACCCAGAAUACAGUUACGGAGUGUGCUACACAAGCGGAAACUACACCCCCAAUAGCUCCUACCCCACCAACCUCAAAAACGCUCUUUCCAGGCUCAUCUUCAACACACAAAUUGACUAUGGCUUCUACAGUGCCUCCUACGGCCAAGCUUCCGACAAAGUCUACUCAACUGGCCUUUGCAGAGGGGAUGUUACCCCACAUGCUUGCCGCACUUGCCUCAACAAUUCUGCUUCCCUUCUCCUAAAGCAUUGUCCACUACAUAAGGAGGCAGAAGGAGGAUAUGAUACAUGCAAGUUGCACUAUGCAUAUUACUCCUUAGAUGGUUACCAAGAAUAUAAUUUCUGGGUCUACUUGAUGUCUGAAACUAAUGUAACAGAUUGGGAUCAGUACAGCUUUGUGCUCAACAAGUUGCUGGCAACACUAAGAGACAAAGCUGCAACCGACUCCCAUCUGAAACGUAAAUAUGCUUCUGGAAAUGCCACAGCUCCCAAUUCUCAAACUAUAUAUGCUGUUGCUCAGUGCUCACCUGAUUUGUCGGUGGGAGAAUGCAACGAUUGCUUGAAUUUAGCCUUUUCGAAACUGCCAGAUUGUUGUACUAACAAUUCAGGUGGUGGAGUUAUUAGAUCAACGUGUGAUUUCAGAUACGACAACUUCAGCUUCUAUAAACCUAUGGCUGAUACAUUAACACUACAGUUGUCGCCACAAGGAUCUCCUUCUCCUUCACCUUCUCCUUCUCCUUCUCCUUCUCCUUCUCCUGUACCAUCCACCACUGCAAAUUCCUCCCAGAGUACUCAUCAUGGAAAAAGCAACAAAUCACAAGCUGUCAUCGUCAAAGUUUUGCCUCCUGUUGUUUUUCUUGGACUCCUGAUCUUUAUUUGCAUCUAUUUAGAAGUGAGAAAGUCCACAAAACAUUUAGAGAGUGAAGCUAAGGUUGAUGAAGAAAUUGGGCAAGCAGAGUCAUUACAAUUUGACUUUGACACAAUCAUAGACGCUACAAACAACUUCUCUGAUGCAAACAAACUUGGACAAGGUGGAUUUGGACCUGUUUACAAGGGCACUCUCUUCAACGAACAAGAAGUAGCAGUCAAAAGGUUAGCAAACAACUCCAGCCAAGGAGAUAUUGAAUUCAAGAAUGAAGUGCUAUUGAUGUCAAAGCUACAUCACGGAAAUUUAGUUAGGCUCCUUGGUUUCUGUUUUGAGAGAGAAGAACGACUUCUUGUCUAUGAGUUUCUUCCCAAUAAAAGUCUUGACAAAUUCAUAUAUGAUCCCAUCCAGCGUGCACAUUUGAAUUGGAAAAAACGCUACAAAAUAAUUGAAGGAAUUGCACGUGGCCUUCUUUAUCUUCAUGAGGAUUCUCAGCAGAGGAUUAUUCACCGUGAUCUCAAGUUGAGUAAUAUUCUUUUAGAUGCCAAUAUGAAUCCUAAGAUUUCAGAUUUUGGUUUGGCAAGACUAUUUGCUCUGGAUCAAACUCAGAAUAAUACAAGUACCAUUGCAGGAACAUACGGAUACAUGGCUCCUGAGUAUGCAAGACAUGGAAAACUCUCCACGAAGUUAGAUGUCUUCAGUUUUGGUGUAAUAAUACUAGAGAUUGUAAGUGGCCGAAAGAAUGGUGGACUUUAUGAUGGAGAGAAUGUGGAGCAUCUAUUAAGCUUUGCUUGGAAAAACUGGAAGAAAGGGACAGCAGCUAAUAUAAUAGAUACCACCCUAAAUAAUGCAUUGAGAGAUGAAAUAGUUCGAUGCAUUCACAUUGGGUUACUUUGUGUUCAAGAAAAGGUUUCUGAUAGACCAACAAUGGCUUCAGUGGUGCUUAUGCUUGAUAGACACUCUCUUGCUCUACCAGUUCCAUCGAAACCUGCCUAUUUUAUGAACAAUAGUUGUUUAUCAGUCAUCCAGUUUUCGGGGUGCAAUUCAGUGGACGCAGGACCAAAUGAGCAGAAAAGUGUCUCUGCUGAGGCAUCAGCAAAUGAGGCUUCAAUUAGUAGUCUACAUCCUCGUUAGAUAUCAAUCAUAUGAUUACAGUCAAAGGUGACGAUCAUAACUACAAUUAAAUGUACUAAGAGGAACAGAUGCUUGGUGCCUGCUAUUACUAAGAAGGAUUGUUCAACACCAUUUCCUUGGAAUGAUUUAUUUACUAAUUUCCCUUAUCCAAUCUCUUAUUUCUGUUUCUGUUGGGGAUGUUCCUUUAGAGGCUGAUAAAGCAAUUUUAAAUAUUAGUUUGAAUAAGUUAAUUAGUGAAUUAAUAAAAAUAUGAUAUUGAAUUGUUAGUUGAUUAGUUAGUUUCAGAUUUUAUUCUUCAGUUAUUAGUAACAAUUUCUAUAAUUAUGGAACAUAAUUUUUAUGUUUACUCUCUUGAUCCAGAUCACAAGUAUUUUUCAUUGGAGAUAAUCAUGUUUGAGCCGAGUAGGUUGACUAUGAAUUACAAAGUUCUUAUUUUGACUAUUUAACAUUGCAUAUUUAGGACUCAAACUUGAGACCACAAAUUAAAUUGAAAAAACCCCUUAUUGAUUGAU